AUGUCCAUCUCCAAAUUGGAUACUCGCGCGCACAUCCAGAAUUUAACCGCUGCAAAGACGUUGGAGCCGCACUGGGGCUACGCUGAUCGUGCUAUACCUUGCACAAAUGACGCUGGAUCAUGCGCCUAUCUAGAUGUUGUCUACUCGGCCCAUGACAGGGGGAUGCUGUAUACAGGCAUCCUCUGGUCGACUUUCGGAGCCAUUCUUUUCGUUUGGGUCAUCUUGAGGCAUUUCAACGAGCCAACUACAUUCCCAUCCUUGGUUGUGCCACGUUCGGUGGGAUUUCGCAAACUUCGGGUCUCUCUUGCGGUGUUCAGCCGUACAUAUCUCCUCCCCGAUGCUGUACGCAUGCUCUUCGGCCGGACCACUCGUCUACAAGUCCUCGUUCUUACAGCCCUAGCGGGUUAUCUCCUCAUAUUCAGCUUUGUGGGCAUCACCUAUAACACGUGGAUCACUCCUGUGUCGGGUAUGGACGGUGUCUAUAAUACUCGGUCUAGCAUCGGCCCAUGGUCAGAUCGUAUCGGCGUUCUUGCAUACGCACUCACUCCUCUAUCUGUGAUGCUGAGCAGUCGAGAGUCCUUUCUGUACCUAAUCACAGGGCUACCUUACCAAACAUUCAACUUCCUGCAUCGCUGGCUGGGUUACAUCAUUUUUGUACAGAGCUCUCUGCACACAAUUGGUUGGUGUAUAGUCGAGUUGAGAUUGUACCAACCACAGCCAUCUGUGGGCGUUGAGUGGGUGACACAAAUAUACAUGGUCUGGGGCAUUGUCGCCAUGAUUAUACUGCUCUUGAUCUUUCUCCUGAGCACCCCGUGGGGUAUCAGGCUUACUGGAUACGAGACCUUCCGCAAACUGCACUAUGUUCUUGCCAUGCUUUAUAUCGGUGCCUGUUGGGGUCAUUGGGCGCAACUGAAAUGUUUCUUGCUACCAUCUCUCAUAUUUUGGUUCAUGGACCGAGGAGCUCGUUUCAUCCGCACUGCUAUCCUGCAUUAUCACCCAAGUGAAGAGUGCGGAAUGUUAGGCUUCAAAUCCAUCGAAGCCGCCAUCACGCGUUUUCCAGACGAGGAACACGGCGACGUGAUUCGCCUAGAUAUGAAGAAUGUCCAAGAAGCUUGGAACAUCGGGCAGCACUAUUACUUAUGUUUCCCACAAGGUAGUGUGUGGCAAUCACAUCCAUUCACACCCCUCAAUGCACCCGAGAUUAUCAAGGGUCAGGUCAAACAUUCAUACAUACUCCGCGUUAAGAGAGGCGAGACAAGAAAGGUUGCGGAUCUUGCCUCGAAUGGCACCUCGACCACGCAUGUCAUCUUGACUGGUGCUUAUGGUGAAUCAAUCACCAAAGAAUUAGCACCAAAUACAAAUAUCAUUUGCAUCGCAGGAGGGACAGGAAUCACAUAUGUGCUCCCCGUACUGCUCAGUCUCGCCCAACAGCCCUCUUCAUCAGAUCGAACAAUUGAUCUGGUCUGGGCAAUCAAACAUACAAGCAACGUGCAAUGGGUCCGCCAAGAACUGGACAUCCUUCGAAAGGCUCGCAAGGCGAUGAAUCUGAAAAUACGCAUCUUCGUUACCAGAGAGGCGAGUAGCCCAACCACCUCGAAGGAAAGCGUUAUGCCAGGCAAUAAUAGCGAUGAAAAGGCAAUGCAGGCCUCUCAACAAUCACCGUCUGCGGUCGACCUUUGCGACUGCGAUUUUGAUGUCCCGAUGAAGCUUGGUGGCGGAUUGACAGACAGCAGCAGGCAUCCUGAUUUACAGAAGCUGAUCAAUGAGUUUCUGAAUAACAUAAUAGCAGGCCCAACUACCAUAUUCGCCAGCGGGCCUGGCGGUAUGUUGAGUGAUCUGCGAGAUAUUGUUGCUUCUUGCAACUCCGCAUCCAAAGUGUGGAAGGGACAGGAAAAGUUCGAUGUCAGACUGGUUUAUGACGAUCGCCUUGAGUGGUAG